AUGGAGAUGGACUUGGAGAUUUCGCCCCACGCCGGACAAUCAGAGGUUCAUACUCAAGUUCCUACCUCGCCUCACUUUCAAAACCCCAUGCAAUAUCUUCAUGGCGCAUGCAGUCACUGCUAUCGCGAUGAUGGAAUGGAUAUUCGAGACAAACAAUUAGUUCCGUGCUAUCAAGAUGGAGAACUGGAUCCAUUCACUCUUUUCUUACUGACUCCUAGAUGGUGUGUAGAUUGUUUGGCUCAGCGAGAACUGGCGAUUCGGGCUUCAUAUUGUGAUCGAUUGAUCGAGAUGGAAUCGGUGGAGUUUCCGAUCGGUACCGUGGAGGAGGCUUAUAUUCGGGGGGUUCAUGAUGGCCGAAUUAAUGCCUUGUCCCAAUCUUUCGAAGAUUGUGGAGUAUACUCGGCUGGAGACAACAGUGUCGUCGUCGAUGAUUUCAACGAAGUGUUGGAAACAUUGACCAACAUGAGGCUCGGAACUGAUGCAGCCAACGAAGAUAAAAAGAUUGAAGAAAUCGUCCGAGAUUUCAACGAUCAGAUGAUGCUAGAGGAGGACGAACUUAAGUACGAAGUUUAUUGGCACUUAGCAUACAUGGAAGGAACGAAAGAUGGUUGUUAUAUGCAAGCACAGAUGGAGUACAAGGCACUAACGAUGGAUGAUCCGGAACGGAGUGAAAUGUUGAGGAGAGCUGUGCUUUGA